CACCAAUAGCUAACGGAUAAACGUCGUUGUUUGUUGUCGUUCGCUCUUAAAAAUAAUUCGAAUAACAAUUGUUAUACGAAAAAAAAUCGCCGGUACGCCGUUAUUGUGAUUAUUACUAUUGUGACUAUAUUUUUAACAUUCAGUGCGCAUCGUGUGAAUUUCAAACGAUAUAUUAUCAUAAUUUUUUUCGGUCUCGUCAAUUUAUUUUAGACAAAACGUCAUGUAAUCGUAGAUAUACGGAUUUCACGAUAAUACUGGUAUCUUGUGAGUCUAGUGCCGUUCGGACUAACGUACUGUAUCUGUAUAGAUAUCGAAGAUACGACGCCCGAUAAAGAAAUAAUUUAUUAACGUGAUAUUUUGCUCUGUCGAUCUAAUGCUUGUGCCAUAAUGAAGCACGAAAGUCAGCACCCAGAGCUCAUUUCAAACGGAAAAGGAAAGCCUUUCAAAAAAAGCAUCAGUUUAAGUGCCCUGGGCUUGGGAAAGCUGUGGCGAAGGCGAUCUGUGACCAUAACUGAGUACGAUCCAUGUUACAAGGUCGUCUAUUUGGGAAACGUCCUCACUGGGAUAGCCAAAGGUGAAAUGUGCGUGGAGAAGCCGUUGUGCAGUCUUUGGAAAAACUACACGUGCAAUCAGAAACCGGACGUGCACAUGAAGCUGACUAUCACGCAGUCGGGUCUGAAGGCGUUUACCAAGGAGCACGGGCUAACCGAGUACUGGAGCCACCGGGUCACCUAUUGCCUGGCGUCACCGCAGUUCCCACGCAUAUUCUGUUGGGUGUACAGGCACGAGGGCCGCAAGCUCAAGCAGGAACUCCGAUGCCAUGCAGUCGUGUGUACCAAGGAGUCUGUAGCCAGGCAAAUCGCAGGCCAACUGCGUGGACGCCUAGCGCAAGCACUCAGUGAGUUCAAGCGAGACAAGAUCAGCCGGCAGAACGCCCGACUAUCACUGGCCAACAGCGUGUACGAGAACCCAUCACUGCCCCGGCGAAAAAUCCUGUUAUCCACCGGGUCGCAUAAUUACAGGCCACCGUUGGAGCGGUCCAAGUCGGCGCCGCGGCUCGUGUCCAUCGAAGAGAGCUUGGAAGAGGAUGACGAACCGACCGACUCCUGCGCGGCGUUUAGGAGGUGCCGGGCGGAGAACCGGUUGCGGACCGGCACGCUGCGCAACCGGUUGGGCGGACUUCAUGGUUAUAGGGAGACAGCCGCUGCCACUGCCGCAGCCAUUACUGCCGCCACCGUCGCCGCCGCUACUAAUUCCGCAACCGAAGCCACUACCGACGCCACUGGUAUGGUGGACGAGAUCGAAAACCGCCUGGCCAAAAACCUGCAGCUCGAGGACGAUGGACUAACCGAUGAUAACGCACAACCAUCUCAAGACGUAGAUUGUGCUUCGGUUGAAUCACUACCGUCUUAUCGAGACGUCCUAGCCGUAGAUCAAGAGUCCACUUCGUCCUCUUCGUCAUCGACGAUUUGUGUCGAGCAACAGCAGCAUGAACUGCUUCCCAAAUACAACGAGGUAAUUGUCGACUGUCCACAAGGUCCGGAAGACGUGUGCUACAAAUAUAACAGCCUGGUCCGGGAUCGGAAGAGGCUAUUCGAAAGCAUAGGUGGAGGUGUGGGUAAACGUCGUGAUCAGUUCAAACGGAUGAGCUCGGACUCGGAGUUGCUAGGCGCCUACAACAACCUGGUGAAAAACCGAAAGCUGUUGUUUGAAGGCUGUUGCCCAGACGACGAUGGUGAUGAUGAUUUAGACGUGGACGAGGAGGACUUGGAUGAGGACAAAGACUGCGGAUAUCCGGAUGACGAGUCCACACCUAGCUUACAGAGCAUAUCCAGCGGUGGGUCGGAUGCGUGCAAGAAGAUCGCCAUGGACCUGGACUCGCUUUCAGAGGAAGACAGCGAUGAGAGUGGUUACGUGGAGGCGCCGCCAUCACGUUGUCCUGCUGAUGUAGCUGACCAUGUCGACAAGGAAAAAGAAAUGCACAGACGCAGCAAUCAUGCUGUGGUCGCCAGGAACGCUUCUGCUCGACGGGUCGGCGCAUAAAAACCACCCUCUUAAUACCAUGUGAAAAAGACUUUUUUUUUAAAUUUUAUUAUUGAUUUUAUCAUUUUAAACGCGUCGGUAGUGUAUCGCCACUGUGUGUCUGGUGUAUACACCCCAAUACGAUACGAUACAUAAUAACGACAUGAAAUGUUUUAUUAUUAUAUUAUUAUAUAGUAUAUAUCAACUAUUAUUGUUAUUAUUAUUGUUGUUGCUAUUCCAAACGUGUGUGACCCCGGCGUGGGCGUGCGUUAGCUGAACAAGAAACAAGGACGUCGAGAAUGAACGAGCGCAAAGCGUUAGUAGAAAAAAAAAAUUUUAAAUACCUACUGCGAGAACAAGCAACUCCGUCGUCGUCAUAGCAGUUGUUUUUGCGUGGAAGAAAUAAUCGUUACAAUACUGCAGAUAACUCAUCGUGAAAAGCAUUGCCUGCGGACAAAAACUUGUUUUUUCCAUCAUUAUUAUUAUUACUAUUACUUUUAACAUUGUAAAAAAAAACCAACCAGUUAUAACGUAUUUAUUUCAUCUUUUUCGUUUGAAAUUUAAUAUACCAUGGCUUUUUGUCAUCGUUUGCCACUCGCUCCCGCACGUCACGCUAUUAUAUAACACUAUAAUAAUAAUAAUAACAACAACAAUAAUUGUAUCAUAGAUAAUUAUUACGUUGUGUGUACGUUAUACGUACGUUCAUAUUUUAUUAUGUGUAAAUAUCACAAAUCGACCUAGUCAAGCAAUCGUAUUAUUAGGGAUUAGUAUUUUUAGGUUGCAAAUCAUAUGUUUUAUAGUUUAAUAUUAUGUAUAAGUAUAUAUGUAUAUGUGUGUGUGUGUUGUUAGGAGGAAAAAAGGAUAGAGCAACAGGACAGCAAGAGCAAAACUGUUUAGUUAGGCCUUUGCAAGCCAGGUCCAAGUUGACAUUUUAUUGUCUUGGACGAGAAAGUAAAACAUCGUAUAUACCAAAUAAGGUGCUAGCUAUAAUUUAUCGAAUUAGACUUUUGAUUAUAUUAUAUUGAGUGGUAGAUUCUGUUUAGAUAGAGGUGUGGACCCAACCCCAUACCUAUUAAAUUAUAAUAUAUCAAUUAUAUUACGCUCACAUUUUAUCAUCAUGUACUUUGUUUUAUACCUGUUCGAACAAAAUACGUCUCUUAAAAUUUUUUGAAAAUAUAACAAUUUUAAUCAACUUAGUUUGACAAACGACGCGUUUCAUAUUUUUUCUAUUUUCUCCGAAAAUUCAUUACUAUAAAAUGUCAACCGACGUUCCUAUUGCCUUUUUUAAUGGUAGAUUUUUAUUUUAAUGAAAAUCAGAGUCGAACAAAAAUUGCUUAACACUCCGUUUGUACAAGUAUACUAUUAGCGUAGAUAUAAUAUUUUAUAUACUAGGUAAGUUCUAUUUCGUUGUGUGAAUUCUACUUUUACCAACCUGAUUGUCGCGGUCGUGAUAUAAUAAUAUAAUAUGUAUUAAAUUGAAAAUAAAAUAAUGCCGUUUAAUACGUAUUACAGGUGUAUCGUAGAUAAUAAAAUAAUUACAAAUUGUUUGAAUCCAAUUCAAUAUUAAAUGUGAUGUACUGAUGUAUCUAGAUAGAAUAAAUACGAAAAUAGAAAUGUUAAACUAUUAGGUAAUGUAGAUAUCACAUAAAUACAUAUAUAUGUUACGUAAGUAUAUUAUUAUAUUGCUGCGCAAUGUUAAUUAAGAAAAUUAUCUGAUUAUUUAGACUUGUUUGAAAUAUUAUCGCGUUCAUUAAUGAACUUGAAAAAUAAUUAUUUAAUGUUUUUGUUUUAUCAUAUUAUAUUCUACCAAAAUGCAAUUUGUACGUUAGAUUAUUACGUAUUACCUAUAAUACGUAUAUGUGUGUGUGUGUGUACCUAUAGAGUAACCGUGUAAUAUUUAUGACGAUUAUUAUUUUGUAAAACUCAUCAUUAUUAUUUGCAUUUGUAUUGUAUUGUAUU